CUGAUGAUGGUUGUUGAUUUUGUGGCGGUUCUGUCUGUCAAUAUUGGUUCGUGCUCUGUAUUCUGUGAAUUCCCCAGUUGACGGAGGCCAUUUCAUUACAGUUUCUAUCAAAGGGAUAAUACAGUCAGUGUAAAGCAGAAGUGCAUUCCUUAAUCUGUUAAGAACAGUUGUAUCACCAGUCACCUUGGCUUUAAUAAGGCAGAUUUGCAAUGGGAGUGACAUUGGAGAGAGUGCAGAACAAAUUUGCUUGCAUUAUUGGAGAACUCUGCAGUGAACCGGAUAUCUUGUCACAGUUUGCUGUUUGGGUGGACUUGAGGAUAGCAGAGUACAAAGCUAAAGGAGCAAUAUCAUUAGACUGCUCAGGAACAACUCCAGAUCCAACAUGGCUGAAGGGGUUGAAACAACCCAAACCUGUCCAAUCAGAUCCAGUGUUAGAGGGAAAUGACCUUUUACUGGCCAGUAGAAAUGCUAGACACAAACAUCAUGGCAUCAGCAACUCAGCUCGACGUGUGCAACCUGAACCACGCGAUGUCCAGACAAACAGGGACAUGGCUAGCAGAGCGCGUGUCAUUGACGGGGAGUAUGAAAUUUCUGUUAAAGACGAACCAUCAGACUGUGACCGUGUUUUUCCAGUGAGUCUCCACUCGAACAAUGGUAGUGGUCACAUGGGUAUAUCUCACAACAACAGCUCAGAACAAAGACUGGCAACAGGGGAAUCUUCUGAAGCACUCACUGGGUAUUUGGGUUCCGAUGUAAACAGACUUUCUCCAACAAUGCUGCAUUCCAGAAAACGAUCAUUUUCAAAUGCAGAAGAGCGAUCCAUUUCACUAGCUCAUUCUGAUGCGAAAACAAGAAGACUGUCUUUAGCGUCGAAGAAUAAUUUUUCUGCUGGCCACGAUUCAACACAGAGUUUGUUGUCAGUUAUAGGAGUCAACAAUGCAAGUGUUGAGCCAUCAUCAAAAGAGGAAGGUCAGCUAAGGGGGCAUAACUCUGGCAGGAUGUCAGAUUCAACAGAUCCUAAUCAAACAGUUGCGCGAGGAUCUGACUGGAGAAACGGACCUGAAACUGACACUCAGUGGACCAAAGGUCCGAACGUGGAUGUGGAUGUGGAAGGAAGACACGCACCAGAUGUGGAAGUUGUGGAGAUUAUGGAUCAUGAGCUGGACGUGGUGGAGAGUGUGGUGGCACAUAGGGAGAUGAUGUUAAGGUAUGCAGCCGAGGGGCGUGUUCCUGCCAUGUGGGCACAGGGCGUAGAUUCGAGCCUAGGUCAGCAGAGAGUGAGGUGGUCAUCACGGAUGAGUCUGAUCAAACCGCGCUCAACCCACAAGAACACUAAAUGUGCCGUUAGAACACUGCGCACCUGGCUGACCAGGUACAAUGAUUAUCGUGAAAUCGAAACCAUUCCCCCGCCCGAAUUGGACUCUUACCUGGUGGAUUUCUUCUCCACGAUCAAGCGGAAAAAUGGAUCGGACUACCACCCAAGCUCGCUGAACUCAUUACGGAAAUUUCUGGACUUCCACCUGAAAGAGAACGGCUACCCUCAUUCCAUAACCACCUCAGCCAGCUUCAACAAAUGCCAGGUGGCUUUUCGCAUGAAGUUUAUUGAACUCAGUAACCUACUUUCUGGCAAAGAGACCCGUCAUAUCAGAGACAGUUCGUUUAGUUUCGAAAAUCAGACAGACAUUAGCCAAGCUGAGGAUGCUUCAUCUCAGGGUCAAGCAUUAGUUGAUCAUCAGGAACUGGACAGUGGUCAAGAUGUUCAUACAACUGCUGGUCAGCAAGGUCUUUGGCCAUCUGAUCAUAACAGUGAGGGUGAUGACACUACGUUGCUAUGAGCUAUUUGCUGGACAGUGGUCAAGAUGGUCAUCCCCCAAUUGGUCAUCCUCUGGAGGACUGAUCAGAUAAGAUAAAGUGAUAAAGGUGUGGUGUUAUGAGCUAUUGGUCAAUGCUUGCUGGAACCAAAAACAAACUGCUGGACAGUUGAAGUCUGGACAGCGUUCAAGAUGUUUAUCCCAAAAAAGUCUGCAAGGUGUCUGGGAGUGUGGGGGAUAUGAACUACUGCUUUACUGCGUGCUUAAACCAAAAACAAAGUGCUAAACAGACUCCAGCAGACUGGAUCUGUAGACCUUGCCUGGUGGGCUAGUCCAAAGAAUCUCAGACACACAAUCCAUAGACAGGAUUAGGUGACAAGCACACAACAGGGUACCAGUACCAAAGUCAAAACUUAUAUCCAUAACAAACAUUCCAGAAUAUUAUCAUUUCAUCAUAUAAAUCCAUCAUCUCAUGACCGUUCAUUUUGUAGGGAGACUAGCUCGUCAGUACCCUGUCAGAAGUGCAUGGUUGUACGCAGAGAGCUGCAUCUAUGAAACUAACCACCAUUUUGUAAGUGACAAAUUCAAAUGGCUAUAGCAGAGAUUUCUGGCCAAAAAAAAAGCUAUAUAUGCUGAUCAAAUCAAACUUUGUGUAUUUACCAAGAAUACUUAACGUAAAUUAUUGCCUUUCAGUAAACAUCAGACUCGUACCUGUACUGUUUAUAGUGUAAAGAUAAUUCCUAGUUUGAAAAAGUUAUAAUACGACCCACUUUAUGAACUUUCAGAACUUUAUUUCUAAUUUUGAAUGGUAGCACAAAAAAAUACAAGGCUGAUAUUUUGUGAAAGGUUAUUAUUUUGGCAAUUCUUAAAUAAGGGUAAAAAUUUUAUUGGAUUUCUGCUGAUCAAAUUUUUUACAAAAUCUCUCGAAUAGCCUCUUUAACAAAUAAAAUAACCUUUUACCAGGAAUACCAGCAUGCCAAGAAUCACCAUAAUUGUCUCUUUAUGUGUUAAAUGCAUGUGCCUAGGCCUAAUAUUGUUUCUACAACUUCACCUUUGACUCCAGGAUCUUGAAGCUGCCUAAAAUUUUGUACAGACUUAGACUUCAUGUCAGGAGUCAUGAAGUGGUCUUAGACUUAUGUCAGACUUAGUCUGAACUUCAAAAAGUUUACCACGAUAAAAUUGUGAAGGAAGUUUUAACCUAUGAAAUUGUUUCCUUAAAGGAAAAGACCGCUAAAAAAUCAAAGUAGGCAUUACUAGAUAGACCGCUUAAAACUAUACAUAACUAUAUACACAUAUACUUUCAUUUAAUUUUUAAAAUUUUUUUGAAGGCGUUAAAUAUGUUCCAACAUUUGAAUUCUAAGGUGGGCUUUAUGGACCACACUAUCAGACUUUAGGAACUCUGACGUCACAGGAAAUUUUUCCAACUCUAACGAUGAUGCCGAGUGUUAACUUUCUUUACCCAUGAGUAAAAGAUUACUGAAAUAAUGUUCCCAAAAAUUUGUUUCUUGUGGUGAACAUCAGGAAAAAAGGUGAUGUGACUCCAGAGUUCCUAGAUACAGUCAGUAUGGCUCUUAAAGCCCACCAUAGUAUUCAAAUAUUUGAAUGCCUUUCAGCACUAUUAAAAAAAUCUGAAAGACUAAAUGAAAGUAUUUUUACGCACAGAUUUCACUUGUCUGUUUGAUGAACCUUAAUUUAUAUUUUAGCUUUCUUUUGCUUUAAUACUUCAAGUAAGAGUAGUCUUAGACUUUCAUCAUUGAGGGUUUUCAAGAAUUGAAAGAGGCAAUCUUUAUCUGUGUUACUCUACUUGGGGUACUUGUAGGUCAUUGAUGUGUAAUGUGUUGUCAUUGCAGCCAAUAGCAACUUCCAUUUUUCAGUUUUAACCCAUUUUAUUAGGUUAGAAAAGAGGAUCAAGGAUAGGAAUAUGUAGGAGUAGAGACGAUAUACAUCUGCCAGUUUCAAGAAAUCUUGAAUCUUCUUUGGACUCAAUUUCUCUUCCAUGAAUGUGAUUGUGGUUGUCUGGUAACUGACAUGCGUCACACUGACUGAUUCUCGAUUACGGCAUCAGACUUCAAAUCAAUAAAUCAAUCACUCAGUCUUUUAUUCUCCAUGAUAACUCUGUAGACUGCCGUUUCUUUUUUUAUGUUGUUUUGCAGACUAGUGCUCUACCAUGACUGCCUGUUCUUUAUGUACAUGUAUGUUGAAUGAGAAAAAC